AUUUCCUGUCGCUCUUUUUCGUAAGAGUUGGCUGCCUGCUACAUUGUCCGCUGUUUAUUCAAUCAAACGUGUACCUCGUGCCAUUGUAAGAUGCGGUUCCCAUGGAGACCCUUGGCACUGUGUUGCGCAGCCCCUGGGAGACGGGCAUCAUCAUCAGUUCCCGAGGGCAUCCAGAGCUUUGUGCCCGCCAGCAGCACCAUCGAUGCCCACACCCUGGAGCAGCUACAGGCCUUCUUGUCCCGUGCCACGCGCCUCUUCGUCAUCACUGGGGCGGGUCUCUCCACAGAGUCUGGCAUUCCAGACUACCGCUCAGAGGGGGUGGGUCUCUAUGCCCGCACAGACAGGCGACCUAUGCAGUAUGCAGAGUAUAUACGCAGCGCCAAGUCUCGUCAGCGCUAUUGGGCUAGGAACUAUAUGGGCUGGCCACAGUUCUCCUCUCAUCAGCCGAACUCUGCCCACCUGGCUCUGCAGCAGUGGGAGGAGCAGGGAAAGGUACACUGGCUGGUAACUCAGAAUGUGGACGCGCUUCAUUCCAAGGCAGGCCAUCAAGGACUGACUGAACUGCACGGCUGCGCACACAGGGUGUUGUGUCUGGGCUGUGGUGCCGUGUCUCCAAGGGAGGACCUCCAGAAGCGGUUCAAAGCACUGAACCCUAGCUGGGGUGCACAGGCAGGAGGUGUGGCUCCCGAUGGUGAUGUCUUCAUUGAGGACGAGCAGGUCCUCCACUUCAGAGUGCCUUCAUGUAAGGAUUGUGGGGGCAUAUUGAAGCCAGAGGUGACAUUCUUUGGGGACACAGUGAACCGAAGGACAGUGCAGUUUGUACAUGAGAGACUAGCUGAGUCCGAUGCGGUUCUUGUCGCUGGAUCUUCUUUGCAGGUGUAUUCUGGAUACAGAUUCCUACUGGCAGCAGCUGACCAGAAGAUCCCAGUAGCCAUCUUGAACAUUGGGUCUACCAGGGCCGACCACCUGGCAGAGUUCAGAGUCAGUGCUCGUUGUGGGGAGGUAUUGUCUGUCAUUCAGCCUCACUGACCACAAAGACAGACGGAAGGCCUCACUAGGACUUCAGUCACUGAUCCACAGAUACCGUUGUAUUGUUUUGAGAACUAUUCAGUGGGCUCUACUAUUCUAACUCUUGGUCAACCUGGCAGCAAUGCAAUCAGCUUUAGGAUAUUGGGCUGAAGUGAUGGACACUACUAGUAACCAGGAAUCAUGUGUUAUGGGCUUGUACAUAUACCGUGCCUUUAGAAAGUAUUCAAAUCUCUGUACCCCACAGAUACAAUUAUCUGUAAGGUCCCUCAGUCGAGCUGUGAAUUUCAAACACAGAUUCAACCACCAGGGAAGUUUUCCAAUGCCUUGCAAAGGGCACCAAUUGGUAGAUGGGUCAAAUAAAAAGCAGCCGUUGAAUAUCCCUUUGAGCAUGGUGAAGUUAUUAAUUACACUUUGGAGGGUGUAUCAAUACACCCAGUCACUAACUACAAAGAUACAGGCGUCUUUCCUAACUCAGUUGCCAGAGAGGAAGGAAACCACUCAGAAAUUUCACCAUGACGCCAAAACAGAUACAGAGUUUAAUGGCAUUGUAGUUACUCCACAAUAGUAACCUAAAUGACAGUGAAAAGAAGGAAGCCUGUACAGAAUAUAAAUAUUCCAAAAUAUGCAUUCUGUUUGCAAUAACACAAAGUAAAACUGCCAAGAAAUGUGGCAAAGAAAUUUACUUUAUGUCCUGAAUACAAAGCAUUAUGUUUGGAACAAAUCCAACAACACACUCUUCAUAUUUUCAAGCAUGGUGGUGGCUGUUAUGGGUAUGCUUGUCAUCAGCAAGGACUAGGGAGUUUUUUUAGGAUAAAAAUAAACGGAAUAGAGCCAAGUACAGUCAAAGUCCUAGAGUAAAACCUGGUUUAGUCUGCUUUCCAACAGACACUUUGAGAAAAAUUCACCUUUCAGCAGGACAAUACCCUAGAAUACAAGGCCACCUAUACACUGGUUGCUUACCAAGAUGACUUUGAAUGUUCUAGUUACAGUUCUGAGUGGCCUAGUUACAGUUUUGACUUAAAUCGUCUUGAAAAUCUAUGGCAAGACUUUAAAAUGGCUGUCUAGCAAUGAUCAACAACCAACUUGACAGAGCUUGACAAAUUACUUUUAAAACUAUAAUGUGCAAAUAUUAUACAAUCCAGGUGUGCAAAGCUCUUAGAGACAUACCCAGAAAGACUCACAGCUGAAGGCCUAAUCCCUGCCAAAGAUUAGUUUAACAUGUAUUGAUUCAGCGGUGUGAAUAGCUUAUAGCACAAAAAGUUUAUAUUUUUUAAAUGUUGUGCACAAAUUUGUUUACAUCUCUGUUAGUGAUCAUUUCUCCUUUGCCAAGAUAAUCCAUCCACCUGACAGGUGUGGCAUAUUAAGAAGCUGAUUAAACAGCAUGAUCAUUACACAGGUGCACCUUGUACUGGGGACAAUAAAAGGCCACUCUACAAUGUGCAGUUUUCUCACACUACACAAUGCCACAGAUGUCUCAAGUUUUCAGCGAGCAUGCAAAUUGGCAGGCUGACUGCAGGAAUGUCCAUCAGAGCUGUUGCCAGAGGAUUUUAAUGUUAAUUUAGCUACCAUAAGCCACCCCCAAUGUCAUUUUAGAGAAUUUGGCACUACGUCCAACUGGACGGAUCGUAUUAGACCAGCCACCCGGACAGCUGAUGAAACUGGGUUUGCACUGGGUUUCCUGGAUGCUGAAAAUGUUCCAUUUCUUCCAUGGCCUGCAUACUCACCAGACAUGUCACCCAUUGAGCAUGUUUGGGAUGCUCUGGAUGGACAUGUAUGACAGUGUGUUCCACAGUCAUUUGAAGAGUGGGACAACAUUCCACAGGCCACAAUCAGCCUGAUCAACUCUAUGCAAAAGAUAUAUGUCAUGCUUUGUAACCGAUGUGAAAUGUCUAGCUAGUUAGCGGGGUGCUUGCUAAUAGCAUUUCAAUGGGUGACGUCACUCGCUCUGAGACCUUGAAGUAGUUGUUCCCCUUGCUCUGCAAGGGCCACGGCUGUGGAGCGAUGAGUAACGAAUCUUCGAGGGUGGCUAUGUGUGCAGAGGGUCCCUGGUUCGAGACCAGGUAGGGGCGAGGAGAGGGACGGAAGCUAUACUGUUACAGCUGCAUGAGGCAAAUGGUGCUCACACCAGAUACUGACUGAUUUUUCAAAAAAAAUGUAAGGUACCUGUGACCAACAUAUGCAUAUCUGUAUUCCCAGUCAAUUGAAAUCCAUAGAUUAGGGCCUAAUGAAUGAAUUUCAAUUGACUGAUUUCCUUAUAUGAUCUGUAACUCAGUAAAGUAUUUGUAAUUGUU